GUCAAAUUGGACUUUGUUCUUCUGUUCAUCUGCAUCUAGUCGAAAUUUGUAAAGGAAGGGGUGCGAGUGCAGUCAAAUAUCUCCGUGCAAAUUCCAAUUAACUUUAUUCGUGAAGAUUCUCAAAACAAUCAACCUGAAGAAGGCAUGGCGAACAAAGUAUCGCAGCAAGAAUGGGGGCAGCGAGCAUGGGACUUUUUAUCAGCUGUCCGCCAUGGCUCACCCUUAGUUCAGUGCAUCACCAAUUUCGUAUCCAUGGACUUCAUGGCCAACACGCUGUUAUCUGCCGGCGCCUCACCGGCGAUGAUCCAUUCCGCGGACGAAAUCCCCGAGUUCACUCCCAAGGCGCAUGCCCUCUUAGUAAACAUGGGUACGCUUACUGCCGACUGGCUUCCCGGCAUGAAAUUGGCGGCACAGGUUGCCAGCCAAUCAGGAAAGCCUUGGGUUCUCGACCCUGUCGCUGCCGGUGUAUCCAGUUUCCGGUUGAAUGCUUGUUCAGAGCUUCUGGAGCUUAGACCGUCUGUUGUUCGAGGAAAUGCCUCUGAGAUACUUGCGCUUUCUAAAGGUUCCGUCGAUUCUAUUUCUAAGGGUGUGGACAGCGUUCAUGGAUCAAUGGAUGCAUUAGAAGCAGCUAAAUCUCUGGCUCAGUCAAGUGGAAGUAUAGUGGCAGUUUCUGGAGCCAUCGAUUUUGUCACAGAUGGAAAAAGGGUUGUUGGGGUGCAAAAUGGGGUGCCACUGCUUCAAAAGAUCACUGCGACGGGUUGCUCCGUGACUGCCCUAAUUGCUGCUUUUGUUUCGGUUGAUCCUAUGCGGUCUUUUGAAGCCACAGUUUGUGCUUUUUCUAUAUUUGGGAUUGCCAGUGAGGUAGGGAUGGAGUCAUCCAAAGAAAGGUCCAGCUUCCCUGCGUACAAACUUGAUUGAUUCACUUCAUGGUCUAGAUGAAGAUGCCAUUCUUUCUCGGAUAAGCAUUGACAACUUUUGAAAUCUCAGAUGGACAGCAGUUUGAACAUGAAACAUUUGUAUUAUUAUUCAAUAUUCUACAUAAUUUUAUGAAAUAAUUAUAUAAAUAUGACCAAAAUAAAGAUGAUUUACAAAAAUAUGAUUAGUGACUAGAGCUGUAAUGAAAUCAUAGUAAUUCAUGUUCAAGUUUUGAGCUUAAGUUACCACAACACCACAUUGUAGUAAUGAAUAGUCAUAUUUAUGUAAAUAUGUUUUAUUUUAAUAAUAUUCUUGUAAAAAACCCGAAAUAUGGAAAACUUAACACCGUUGGCACUUUGUUUA